AUGCGCAAGGAUAUGCGAGUUUAUUGCUCGGGCGACAACUGGAAAAAGGCUAGAGGAUCAUUAACAGAUGAAUUGACCCAUAUCUCCGAGGGACCAUUGAAGGGCCCGUAUGGAACUAACACAAACCACGUUAACAGAGUGCCCUUUAGCGAGACUGUUACCAACUUCCAGAACGCCAGCGUCAAAGUAUCAGAAGGAAAGACGAGGGUGACGGGCAGAGUAGUACCGAAUAUCUGGCUCCGGGAUAACUGCCAGUGCGAUAAGUGUAAGCAUAGUGCUACUAAACAACGGCUCAUCGAUACAUUCUCCAUCCCAGAGGAUAUCUCGAUCAAGUCGCAUAUUUGGGUGGAAGACGACAUGAUAGUCAAGAUUGAAUGGAGUGACGGGCACUGGAGUACAUAUUCGCGUGACUUCCUGCACCGGGCGACUGCACAUCCAGCGUCAAAGGCUCUCGUUAGCCGUGGUCUACGCAACGUCGUUCUCUGGGACUCGACAAUUGGAAAAAGACCCCCCAUGAUCAAUUACGACGACAUGGACAGGAGAAUCAGACCUUUUACCAAUUUAUUGCGCGAGUACGGAUUCUGCUAUGUCGAUGAUACGCCUUAUCGAGACCCCUACAUGACGAAGGAGUUACUGGAGAAGAUUGCGUUUAUACGCCAGACUCAUUACGGCGGCUUCUAUGACUUUACGUCCGACUUGGCGAGCAAGGACACUGCAUAUACCAACAUUGCUCUUGAAGCACAUACGGAUACCACGUACUUUUCCGAUCCCGCAGGCUUGCAAGCUUUCCACUUGCUCUCACACACGGAUGGUGAAGGUGGCGCCAGCCUGCUUGUCGACGGUUUCAAAGUGGCCGCUGAGCUCCUUGAAACCGACCCGGAAGCAUACAAAAUUCUCUCCACGGUAAAAGUUCAUGCACACGCUUCCGGGAAUGAGGGGAUAUCUAUUCAACCCUACCGCAGCUUUCCGGUGCUCGAACAUGACCCGACAAUUGGCGAUCUCGUCCGCGUACGAUGGAACUCUUCAGACCGUGCCUGGAUUGAUCUCCCGAUAGAGCAAGUCGAGACGUGGUAUCGCGCUGCGCGCAAGUUCGAUGCGCUCCUCAAGAAAAAAGAGAAUGAGUAUUGGGAGCAACUCAGGCCGGGGAGGGUGUUGAUCUUCGAUAAUUGGAGGGUGUUGCAUGGACGAAGUAGCUUCACGGGAAAGAGGAGGAUCUGCGGCGCUUACAUCAACAGGGACGACUGGAUUAGCAAGUACAGAGAGGCGAGUGGGGCUGAAAUGAUGGCCUGUUAG